AUGUCCGAACCACGCCUUUUUAAGCCCUUGGAUAUAGGCGACAUGAAAUUCACCCAUCGCAUCGGAAUGGCACCCCUCACUCGUUUACGCGCAAGUCAAGACCGAAUCCCAACGCCCCUGAUGAAAGAAUACUACAGCCAACGCGCCGCAGUACCUGGCACUUUGAUCAUCACCGAGGGAACGUUCAUAUCAGCAACAUGUGGUGGAUUCCCGCAUGCACCCGGACUCUGGCGCGAAGAUCAAGUCACUGCCUGGCGAGCCAUCACCAACGAAGUCCAUCGCAAAGGAUGUUUCAUAUUCUGCCAGUUAUUCGCCAUGGGCCGAGCUGCAGAUGUCGAGACAGCCCGAAGAGAAGGGGUUGAUAUUGUCGCGCCUAGCGCGAUUCCGAUGGAGGAGGGCGCAACAGUUCCUAGAGCCAUGGCUUUCGACGAAAUCAAACAGGUAGUUCGGGAUUUCGUCGAUGCUUCGAAGAAUGCUAUUCGAGCGGGCUUUGAUGGUGUCGAGAUCCAUGGUGCUAAUGGCUACCUGCUCGAUCAAUUCAUUCAAGAUGUCAGUAAUGAUCGGACUGAUGAAUAUGGCGGUAGUGUGGAGAAUCGAAACCGGUUGGUACGGGAAGUGAUUGAGUCUGUCGUCGAUGUCAUCGGUCCCAAGCGCGUUGGAGUUCGUCUGAGUCCUUGGAGUACAUUCCAGGGUAUGAGAAUGGCUGAUCCGAUCCCGCAGUUCAGCAAUCUCAUCAACAGCGCUAACCAGUUCAACCUGGCCUAUCUGCACCUUGUAGAGUCGCGGAUCUCCGGGGCCAAUGAGGUUGUUGGUCAUGAGAGUCUGGAUUUCGCCUAUGAUCUCUGGAAUGGACUUUUUCUGGUCGCUGGUGGCUAUACGCUGCAAGAGGCACACGAACUGGUUGAUAGAAGGAGCCACAAAGACAUCAUGGUCAUCUUUGGUCGUUAUUUCAUCUCGAACCCAGAUCUGGUAUUUAGGGCAAGGAAGGGCCUGGAGAUGAGCGCGUAUAAUAGAGAGACUUUCUAUGUCUCUGGGUCGGCGGUUGGUUAUUCGGAUUAUCCAUUUAGUGCCGAGUACCUGGAAAGUGAGAUAGCCGUUUAG